CCGGGAUGUACCUGUGGCUCGGCUGCUGCUUCCUCCUGUGGGCCCCGGCCCUGCCGCUGAAGAACCUCAACUACUCGGUGCCCGAGGAGCAGGGGGCGGGCACGGUGAUCGGCGACAUCGGGCGGGACGCGCGCCUGCAGGCCGGCUCUCCGGCCCCGGAGCGGGGGACCGGGUCGGGCGGCGGGCCGGGGCGCGGGCGGCCGGGCAGCUACCGCGUCCUGGAGAACUCGGCCCCGCACCUGCUGGACGUGGACGGCGAGAGCGGGCUGCUGUACACCAAGCAGCGCAUCGACCGCGAGGCCCUGUGCCGCCACAGCGCCAAGUGCCAGCUGUCCCUGGAGGUCUUCGCCCACGACCAGGAGAUCUGCAUGAUCAAGGUGGAGGUCCAGGACGUCAACGACAACGCGCCCGCCUUCCCCGCCGACCAGAUGGACGUGGACAUCUCGGAGAACGCGGCCCCGGGCACCCGCUUCCCGCUGACCGGCGCCCGCGACCCCGACGCGGGGGCCAACGGGCUGCGCACCUACCUGCUGAGCCGCGACGACCACGGCCUCUUCGCCCUGGACGUCAAGGCCCGCGGCGACGGCUCCAAGUUCCCGGAGCUGGUGGUGCAGAAGGCGCUGGACCGCGAGGAGCAGAGCCACCACACGCUGGAGCUGACGGCCCUGGACGGCGGGGACCCGCCGCGCUCGGCCACGGUGCGGGUGGACGUCAAGGUGGUGGACUCCAACGACAACAGCCCCGUCUUCGAGGCGCCCUCCUACCUGGUGGAGCUGCCGGAGAACGCGCCCCUGGGCACCGUGGUCAUCGACCUCAACGCCACCGACGCCGACGAGGGCGCCAACGGCCAGGUGCUCUACUCGUUCGGCGGCACGGCGCCCGAGCGGGUGCGGGACCUCUUCUCCAUCGACCCGCAGAGCGGGCUCAUCCGCGUCAAGGGCGGGCUGGACUUCGAGGAGAGCGGGCUGCUGGAGAUCGACGUGCAGGCGCGGGACCUGGGGCCCAACCCCAUCCCGGCGCACUGCAAGGUGGCCGUGCGGCUCAUCGACCGCAACGACAACGCGCCGUCCAUCGGCUUCGUGUCGGUGCGCCAAGGGGCGCUGAGCGAGGCCGCCCCGCCGGGCACCGUCAUCGCCCUGGUGCGGGUGACGGACCGCGACUCGGGCCGCAACGGGCAGCUGCAGUGCCGCGUCCUGGGAGGCGGAGGCGGAGGCGGAGGCGGAGGAGCAGGCGGAGGAGGAGGAGCCGUCCCCUUCAAGCUGGAGGAGAACUACGACAACUUUUACACCGUGGUGACCGACCGGCCCCUCGACCGCGAGGCCCAGGACGAGUACAACGUGACCAUCGUGGCCCGCGACGGCGGCUCGCCCCCGCUCAACUCCACCAAGUCCUUCGCCGUGAAGAUCCUCGACGAGAACGACAACCCGCCGCGCUUCACCAAGGGCCUCUACGUGCUGCAGGUCCACGAGAACAACAUCCCCGGCGAGUACCUGGGCUCCGUGCUGGCGCAGGACCCCGACCUGGGCCAGAACGGCACGGUGUCCUACUCCAUCCUGCCGUCGCGGGUGGGCGACGUGUCCAUCUACACCUACGUGUCCGUCAACCCCACCAACGGCGCCAUCUACGCGCUGCGCUCCUUCAACUACGAGCAGACGCGGGCCUUCGAGUUCAAGGUGCUGGCGCAGGACUCGGGCGCCCCGGCGCACCUGGAGAGCAACGCCACGGUGCGGGUGUCGGUGCUGGACGUCAACGACAACGCGCCGGUCAUCGUGCUGCCCGCCCUGCAGAACGACACGGCCGAGCUGCAGGUGCCGCGCGGGGCGGGCCCGGGCUACCUGGUGGGCACGGUAAGGGCCCUGGACAGCGACGCGGGCGAGAGCGGCCGGCUGACCUACGAGAUCGUCGACGGCAACGACGGCGGCCUGUUCGACCUGGACGCGGCCAGCGGGGAGCUCCGCGCCCUGGGCCCCUUCUGGGGCGGCGCCGGGGCCGGGCCGGGGGCCGGGGCCGGGCCCGGGGCCGGGGCCGAGCCCGUGGAGCUGGUCGUCCGGGUCAGCGACCACGGCCGGCCCGCCCUGUCGGCCGUCGCCCGCCUGCUGGUCCGCAAUGCCGCCGCCGCCGCCGCCUCCGCCUCCGCCGCCGCCGGGGCCUCGCCCGCCGAGGGGGUGCCCCGCGGGCCCGGCCCGGCCCGCCGCUGGGACGUGUCCCUGCCGCUCAUCGCCACGCUGGGCGCCGUCUCCCUGCUGCUCCUCGCCGCCAUGGUCACCAUCGCCGUCCGCUGCCGCCGCCAGAACAAGGAGAUCCGCACCUACAACUGCCGCGUGGCCGAGUACGGGCACCCGCAGCUCGGGGGCGGCGGCGGCGGCGGGGCCGGCGGGGGCGGCGGCGGGGCCGGCGGCGGGGGCGGCGGGGCCGGCGGCAGGGGCAAGAAGAAGAAGCUCAGCAAGAACGACAUCAUGCUGGUGCCCAGCGAGGGGGAGGAGCGCCACGCCGUCAACGUCAUGAACGUGGUCAGCGGGCCCUCCCUGCCCGCCUCGCCCAUCUACUUCGACUACCAGACCCGCCUGCCCCUCAGCUCGCCCAGGUCCGAGCUCAUGUACCUCAAGCCCGCCUCCAACAGCCUCACCGUCCCGCAGGGCCACGGCCUGGGCGGAGGGGGCGGGGGCGGCUGCCACGCCGCCUUCCCCGGCCAGGGGCCCAACGCCAACGACACCCCCGCCGCCAGGAUGUCCAUCAUUCAGACAGACAAUUUUCCCGCAGAGCCCAAUUACAUGGGCAGCAGGCAGCAGUUUGUUCAAAGUAGCUCCACAUUCAAGGACCCAGAAAGGGCUAGUUUGAGGGACAGCGGACAUGGGGACAGCGAUCAGGCUGACAGUGACCAAGACACUAACAAAGGCUCCUGCUGUGACAUGUCUGUUAGGGAGGCGCUCAAGAUGAAAACUGCUUCAACUAAAAGCCAACCACUCGAACAAGAACAAGAAGAGUGUGUUAAUUGCACAGAUGAAUGCCGAGUGCUUGGUCAUUCUGACAGGUGUUGGAUGCCACAGUUUCCUAACGCCAAUCAGGCCGAAAAUGCAGACUACCGCACAAAUCUCUUUGUACCCACAGUUGAAGCUAAUGUUGAGACUGAGACUUAUGAAACUGUGAAUCCCACUGGGAAAAAGACUUUUUGUACAUUUGGAAAAGACAAGCGAGAGCACACUAUUCUCAUUGCCAAUGUUAAACCUUAUUUAAAAGCCAAACGUGCCCUGAGUCCUCUCCUCCAAGAGGUUCCCUCAGCAUCAAGCAGCCCAACCAAGACAUGCAUUGAGCCUUGCACCUCAACAAAAGGACCACUGGAUGGUUGUGAAGCAAAAUCGGGAGCUCUGGUCGAACCCAGCAGCCAGUACCUGUCCACUGACAGUCAGUACCUAUCGCCUAAUAAACAGUCGAGAGACACUCCAUUCAUCGCGUCGGAUCAGAUGGCCAGGGUCUUUGCAGAUGUACAUUCCCGAGUGAGCCGAGACUCCAGUGAAAUGGACUCUGUUCUUGAACAGUUAGACCAUUCAAGCCGGGAUGUAGGCAGAGAGUCAGUGGAUGCAGAGGAAGUUGUGAGAGAAAUUGAUAAGCUUCUACAGGACUGCCGGGGCAGUGACCCUGUGGCUGUGAGAAAAUGAAAAAACAAAAGAAAAAAAGGGAAGCAUUGGCAUUUCCUUGCCUCUUCUGCUGAUUUAGAAACACUCUCCCCUGAUUAUAACAGUUUGACAGGGAUGAAGGAAGACCAAUGCUGCUUUAAGGCUUUUAGUGAACAUCUGAAGUGCCCACAAGUAUGUUCUUUUCACUGCUGUUUCUUUUUCACAAAUAACACUGAUUUCGUUUUGGCCAAACUUACUAGGACAGAGUCAAAUACACCCUAACAAUAGAGGGAGAGAAAGAAACAUGUUGACCUUCUGACAAUCUGUUAGGAAAAUAAAGGAAGGAAGAAUGGAAGUACUUCUGAUCAUUGCUAAGACUGUCCUUGCUGGUUAUUGCUGACAACUGUUUACCUACAAACCCCUUGAAAAGCAGGGUUGACAAAUUCUGGUCUGUGGUGGAUUUCCAAAAGUCAUCACAGGCUUCUACUGAAAGUCCUGAAAAGAUCUUGCAGUAGUCCAAGCUACACCAAACAUUAGCAUGCAUUUGUGGUAAACAUUUCUGUAUAAAGUUCUCUGCCGUACAUUCACCUACAAACAUUCCAGACCACUAUUCAAGAACACAUAUCCUAGUCAUUAGUGGCAGCCUUCAUGUCAUAGAAAAGUUAAAUGUAAAAUGAUAUAGUCCAUUUUGUCCUGCACACACAACCUAAUUCAUUUCAUAAAAGAGAAGAAUAAAAGUUUUAAUGCCUAUUUAGCAUUUUAGUGUCCAACAAAGGUUUAAAUAAUUAUAAUAUGUUUUUAACCUUGAAGUUUAACAAGUCGCUCAAAGAUAGUUACCACUGAAAGGUAAUACCCAGAAUGAAUUAACUUGAUUAUUAACACUUUCUUAUUCAUUUGUGGACACUAAAAUAGCUCAGGAAAGUGAAAAUAUCCUAGACAUACACAAAUCAUAUGAUCAUUUAAAUGUGCAAAUGUAAGAAGAUUCAAUGUGUUUACAUCAAAUGACAUAUUUUUAUUGAUUUAUUGCAGAUUCAGUGCAUAUGAGCCAAAUUGUUGAGUGUAUAAGAGCUAUAUUGUGUAUUUUAUUAAAUUAAUAUAUAGUUGUGUUGCAAAAAUAUUUGGGCUUAUAUUGUAAAUGGCAAGUGUUGCCUCAGUAGCUGUCGAACUCUAUGAGUUUUGUUUUUUCCUGCUUCCUUUUCCCAAUGGAGUGUGGGAAGCAGUGCCUCAGAGCAAAGUCUCUUGUUUAAUGUAUGGUCUACCAAGUACUACAGUACAUAAAUCUGUUCAAAAUGUGUUUGAGUGAGCUGGUGGAACUACCUGAAUGGUCAAGAUCUGUUACCAUCAGUUAAGGUUAUGUGCAAGUCCUUCUUGAAGCUUUGAUGACAAAACCCAUCUAGAUAACAAAAUGUUAUACUUUAACCAAACCCAGAAACCUCCUUGAUUUUGUCAAGAAGUAUGCAGAUUCAUUUGAUAUGUAUCACACACUUUUUAACUUAAUGAAACAUCUUUAUAGUUCAAGGUAAUAACCUAUUUUGUUUAGAAAGCAUGAAAUUGUUUCAGUCCCAGGAUGGGGGCGCCUUGGGUUUAUCUAUGGUUCCCUCAAUGUCUUAUGUUGCUUACACCAUUUUUUUUCCUGAUUAGUAGUAUAUGUUAUUUGAAAUGUUAGUUUGCCUACUUUUUCUUGGACUUGUUUAAAAAGAACCAUUUUCUUCUUUCUUCCAACUUUCACAGUGGCUUUUUGCCAUUUAAAAAAAUUCACGUUCAGAAAUAGCAAAAAUAAUAAUAGCACAUGCAUAAGAAAUGGCAAAGAGAAAAUCCUUUGCUUAAUAUUUUUCCUGAGUGUUAUAAAUACCUGGCAUUUAUCAGCACCAGUAUCACACUCGGGAAAUAUGGUGCUCAGUUAGAUUAAGGCUGUUUGUACACCAGUACAGCAAAGUGCAGUAUUUACAACUGUUGGAGAAUAUUGUGCCUUCCAUAUUGGCCACUGUGUUUGUGUAGAAAUGGUGUAUACAUAUAUAUACAUAUAUAUGUAUAUGUGUGUAUAUACACAUACGCACAUACACACUUACAUGCACACCUACAGAGAGUGAACUGAAUUCAGUUUUUCAAUUUCAAACCUCAGAGAGCUCAAAUUCAAGAUAAAUUUUGAAUUUCACCUCAUUGCAAAACUGCAUUUAAAACAAUCAUCAGAUCUCAUCAACCUUCCAAUCUUACAGUGAACUGUUUUUUUUAUUCUUGGUAACAAAUCUUCCAAAGCAAUGUUCUCAGUUUUUGUGUUUAAAAUUUUAAAUUAAAAAAAGGAACUUGUACACAGUGAACCUACCUACUCUCCAUAUUUUGGACAAUUUAUGUAACUGAAAUGUGUUGUCUCUGUUCUACAAUGUUAUUUUGCCAGGAGACUACAGGUUGAUUUAGCUUGAUAGCUGAAAUUUGAUGGAAGAGUGGUUCUCAGUGAGUUUCCUAAGAAUUAUCUCUCUCUCAUUAAUCACCAAUAUCCACUCUGUAAAAGCUAAGGCAGUGAUGAGUACUUAAAAUCAACUGAGAGUAUAAAGCUUCUUCUUAUAACAUCCUUAUAAGAUGUUAAUAAGGAUAUCUUAUUAACAUUUGUCCAUUAAACAUGGAGUAACCAGUUAUACAAUUCAUCACAUAUGUCUGAAGACAUUAGAAGAAAAAUUUAAAAUUGGUUGUACCAAUGUAAGAGGAAUUUAACUUAUGGCUCUCUGUCACUGGUGAUUUACUAGCUUUAGCCGUUUAACACAUCUGUAUUUAGUAGUGAUUAUUUAUUUACCAGUCCACGGUAAUUAGGUAUUCAUGACUCAUUUUUUCUAGCUGAGUUGAGGGAAUCUUGCUUUUGUUCAUUGGCUGGUAUGUGCCUUUCUUUGAGACCUCUAACACUUUGCUUCUGAGGAAGCCUACUGCAAUUGUCAGCUUCACAGUUUAAAGAACAUCCUACUACUAUAGUGAUCUGUGAUUAGUGAAAUUUGAAAGGAUUUCAUCCUAAUUGGUAACAUGAACUGUAGAGGAAUUGAGACAUGUGGAAAAGAUAUCUCAUAUCCUCCAAAAGGCCCCAGAUAAAUUCCAGUAAUUGAAUUUUUUUGGAUGUUUUUAGGCAUCAUGUACUUAAAUCAAGGAUAAUAACAUUUCAUGGAAUGGAAAAUAAAUUUUCUGUAGAUGUUACUAAAUAAUUUAAUUCAGGAGGGGAACGUAAAAGAUAAAUCCAAAAAAUUGUUUCCUAUAAUAUUCACACACAAAAGCAAAUACUGAAGUGGCAAAUCCUGCAAUUUCAAAGAAUGCCUUCCUACUUUUUCCUUAUGUGACUCACUCGUCCUUAAUAUAUGUAGUGAAGUUUACUCUUCACACCAUAAAUGAACUCAAUUUGCAGUCAGACCAAAAAUUGACUUGUCUUGGUUUCCUCAAUUAGCACAGACCUUCAUAACUAUGACUUGCCAUUAGAGCUUGUAAAAAGGGCCCACAGACUAUGACCAUAAAACAAUCAUGUGAUUACUAGUAAUGAGGUUAGAUGCUUUAUUAGAACCAGUUUUAAAGCUGUUUACUGCCUAAUGGAACUGAAGUUGCUGGGGACAACAAGUAGUCUGAAGCCUGGCAUAAUAUAAACCCACUCAUUAUUGUCUGAUUAAAUUAUUUUGACAACAGACAGCAUUUAUCAGAACAUGGAUUCAAAUGAGAGUUUUGGCUAUCAAGACUUGUUGAUUUGAAAUAUAAUUGAAUGAAACCUGAUUAAAGUCUUGGCUUUCCUGGCCCCAUUGUUUCACAGGUUGGCAAUUCACAUUUAUCAGCCCCAUUACCCAAUAAAAGUUCUAAGCUGCACCAAGUGAUUGGUGAACAAUGACAACAACAACAAAAGCAGCAUACAUUGUAUGGAUUUUCUCAACCGCUAUUGUUUAAUGGCUGUGUUUAAUGUGACCUAUCUGGAAAAUGAGGACUACAAAUAAAAAGCAAUUACUAAUA